AUGAAUAUGUUGGAUGAUGAAGAUGACCAAAGCUUUCACGCUACGCGUGACGGCUACUCCCAUUUGAGCGAUGUCGAAUGGGAUGCGGUUGAACGAAUGGGUUCAACCAUGGGCAUCCAUGCUGUUAGCGUCAUGCUAGAGGCUCUCAAUAGAGAUGCCCAACAUGCUACUAUCGCCAAGUUCAUUCAAAAUGAACUUGACGCAGAACGCGAGAAAGUAGCCUUGCUUCACCAACAAGGUUCUCAACAAGCAGAGUUGUUGAGAGAACAGGGUGCUCAACAGUUUGAACUGUUGAGACAGCAGCAGGCUGCUGCUGGUGGGUCGAUGCACUCGCGUCGACCCGAAACCUUGAAGAUUGACAUCUCCAAGUAUAGGGGGGUCGAAGAAGACUCCCUCUUGAGAUGGUUCGUCGAAUUGGAUGACACCAUAAGGGCGCGUCGCAUCGACGACGGGGAUAUGCAAGUUGCAUUUGCCCAGUCAAAUCUGGCAGGACGUGCCAAGACUUGA